AAUCAUUAAUGUUUAUCAGUUGUUUCACAGCUUUCUAACUAUAAAUAAUUACCCAGCCAUUUAUCAAUUUAAGAUGGAUCUCAUUCCAAUUUCAACACGAGACCUCUUCUUCAGUGAUCCAUUUUUCCGUUCCAGCUGGGACGAUUUCGGUCGAGUUAGAGAGGGUAUGAUGGCUGAGCCGAGAGAUAUGUUGCGUCGGUUUGAGGACGAAUUCAUGAAUGCUAGAUGUAUGAUGGAGGGUGGCAUGCCUUGGAGUUCUAAGUUUGGAUCGGACAGUUUGAUGUUCCCCCGGCGUGCAAUGUUGCCCUCUAUGACCAACCCCCUGGUGAACAUGUUUAAGGAUGUCGACUUGUUCACAAUGCCAGGAGACUCGGAGCUCAUCCGGUGCACCCAAGACAAGGAUAAACUAGAGGUUAGCCUGGACACCUCUAUGUAUCGCCCCUCGGAGCUGAGCGUCAAGUGUGAGAAUGGUUUGUUGCAUAUCAGAGGCUGCCAUGAGACUGAAGAGGCCGGAGGUCGGAGAAAAACGUUCCGGGAGUUCAGACGCCAUUUUACUCUACCUGAAGGGUGUACACCGGAAGAUCUGGAAUCCAAUCUAUCAGCUGAUGGUGUUCUCGUGGUCAGCUGUAAAGGACAUCCCGCCAUUGAAGAGAAGAAGACUCCAGCCGUAGAGUCUGGAAAGAAGUAAAGACGACAUUUAAAAUUUGAUUACAUAUUUGACAUUUAAACAGCACACACGCAUUGGAUUCGUACAAUUUUAAUGUUUUAGUUCUGCGACGAGUUUAUAAUUAUAUUUGAUAUCAUGUUUUCUAAUAUCAUAUUAAUAAAGUUAUUUCAUUUUAAAAAAA